GCAGGACUGUAAUGGUGAACUCCCCUCAACACUGGGGGUCGGUCUUUCAGCAUGAGAAUGUGCUUGGGACCCACAGACGUGCUCUUUUCCAGUCACAAGCGUUUGGGGACUCGGAGAACAGAGGAGCCAGCAACGCUGACACAGCUUGAGUGAUGUGACAUUUUGGUGUGUGUGUGUGUGUGUGUAUCAUCUUCAGUGUUACACUGCGAUGCGUUUGAGCGCAAACCCAAUGCUCUGUGACGACGUUCAACGCUAAGGUGAACCUCUGAGUCGCUGAGGAGGAGAAGGAACUUAAAUUGCCUGAAUCCAGCUUCCCACUGACCACACUAUGUCAUCUGCUGGUGGAAAAGGAACCUCCAAGCCAUCGAAGGCUCAUAAAAAGCCGACAGCAGCAGCUCUGAAAGGAGCCAUCCAGUUGAGCAUCGGUUAUGCUGUGGGAAACCUCAGCUCCAAGCCUGACAGAGAUGUACUCAUGCAAGACUUCUCCGUGGUGGAGAGUGUCUUCCUACCCAGCGAGGGCAGCAACUUGACCCCGGCGCAUCACUUCCCUGAUUUUCGUCUGAAAACAUACGCACCUCUGGCCUUCCGCUACUUCAGAGAGCUGUUUGGCAUCAAGCCCGACGACUAUCUGUACUCCAUCUGUAAUGAGCCUCUGAUCGAGCUGUCCAACCCUGGGGCCAGCAGUUCCUGGUUCUAUCUCACCAGUGACGACGAGUUUAUCAUCAAGACUGUGCAGCAUAAAGAGGCCGAGUUCCUGCAGAAGCUGCUUCCUGGUUACUACAUGAACCUAAACCAGAAUCCAAGGACGCUUCUGCCCAAGUUCUAUGGCCUCUACUGCAUCCAGUGUGGUGGUGUCACCAUCCGCGUGGUGGUGAUGAACAACGUUCUUCCCCGCUGCAUGAAGAUGCACUACAAAUACGACCUCAAAGGCUCCUCAUACAAACGCAGAGCCUCACGCAAAGAACGCACCAAGCCCUCACCGACAUUCAAAGACCUGGACUUCCAGGAGAUGCAUGAAGGCCUGCACUUUGACCCCGACACCUACAAUGCGCUGAUGAAGACACUGCAGAGAGACUGCCGGGUGCUGGAGAGUUUCAAGAUCAUGGACUACAGUCUGCUACUUGGCAUUCAUGUUCUGGAUCAAAAGCCUCUGGUACGAGGCAGUCGAGGUGACAGCAGGAAAGGACAGAAGGUCCUCUACUCCACUGCACUCGAGUCCAUUCAGGGGAACGUGAAGGAUCCAGGACCAGUGGCAGACGAUGACACACUGGGAGGAAUUCCAGCCAAGCACCGAGAUGAGAAUCUUCUCAUAUUCUUGGGAAUCAUUGACAUCCUUCAGUCUUAUAGGUUUAUUAAGAAAGUGGAACAUUCCUGGAAGUCCAUUGUGCAUGACGGCGACACUGUGUCAGUUCACAGACCAAAUUUCUAUGCAGACAGAUUUCUAAAAUUCAUGGGGUCAACUGUCUUCAAGAAAAUCCACCCUCUGAGAGGAGCAUCGUCCAGGAGGAAGAGGAGUUCCCUGCAUCCUCACAAGUCAGCAUCCCAGGAGUAUUUGUCUCCUCACAAGGAGGAGAGGAAGGAGAAGAAAGCUCUGAGCAUGGACAACCUGGAUGGAGACUUCAACAGCUCCACUAAACAGACCGAUCGCCUCAAUACUGCAAGUGUGUCCUUCCAGUGUGUCGGCGAAGAUAAGGAUGACAUUGAAAACAGAGAAGCCAGACGAUCCUCCAGCUCCACCAUCGCUCUUGACGACCGACUGUCCCCUGUCAGCAGAAGCCUCUCAGACUCCGAGCUGGAUGUUUACUUGGUGGCAGCACGUCCAGCACCUGCACGUCUGGAGGAGACCGAAAUAUGACCUUCCAGUCCCAUCAUAAGAACACAGACAGGAAAACUGCGUGCGCUCUCUUCACCCUUCGUACUGGAUGUUUAAACACUAAGUCCUCUCACUGCUGCUGCUAAUUGAAAUAUUGAAAGAUAUUGUUCUAUUUUCUUAUAUUUCGGAUGUGAAACCCCUCAGUGGCUGGCUCUCUGAGGAUGAAUUUUCAGAUAAAUGUAUACAAAAUCACUAAUAAGCAGAGUCAUCUCUGUGAACUCUAUUAACAUUCAGUGGAUGAUUUUAUAUGUGAUCAAAGUUAAACAAGUGUUUCGACUAUACAUAAAUCUUCCCUUCAUUUAUGUAAAUAUUAGAAUAAGUAGCAGUGGAAUUUGGAAUUAGAAGUGGGAUUUUAUUUUAUUUGUAAUUAUAUAAAGCACUUGUCUUUUCGAGCACGCUCUUUCCGUAUGUUUUUUAAUGCAUAUUAAAUGGUAUACAUUAUAAUUAUAUAUAUUAAAUAUUCAUUUUGAUGUGAUGCUUUAUGUGCUUUAUGUAUUUUAACUAACUUUGUUUAUGAGUAAGGAAAUCUGUAGUAACUUUCAUUGUUUUCAUUUAAUCUUUCUCUUAAACAUUUCCAGUCUAGAAAUUCAUUGUGAUUUUAAUAUAACAUUGUAGAGUGUUAAUUGUUUGAAGAUGCUGAACAUUUAAAGAACUGUUUCCUUUUUGGACAAAGCAAGAAAAUGAAAGCACACUAUGAAACAAAUUAAAAUAAUGUGUUAAUAAAAUGGAAA